AUUAUUAUGGAUUGAACAUUUUAUGGUUUUAAUUAAGUUUGUAUUAAUAUAAUGUUCUAUUUAAGAUUAGCAUUUUUUGGACUAUAUUUCUUCUUUAUUGUGUGAUUAUUAUUAUUAUUAUUAUUAUUAUUAUUAUUAUUAUUAUUAUUAUUAAAUAGAUAGUACAUAUUUCAAUCAAUGAGUCUUUUUUGACUAAUUAUGGACUAAACUGACGUUUUGAAUCUUAAUUGAAGCUUCUAAAGAGGUCAGGUAUCUUUAAAAUGCAUGUGCAUAUGUAUUUAAAAUAUUUUUGAGUUUUUUUUUGUAUUUUUUAUAUUAAAACUAAUUCUCAAUUUAAGAUUGGGGUCUUUCGGAUUAUAGUUCUCCUUUUUGUGUGAUUAUUUUUAUAAAUAUUAAUAUAAUUCUGUAUAUCUAUUUAUAAGUUCAGUCCCCAAAAGCCAUGGCUUUGUUUGAAGCUGCUGUGUUCUGAUAUAUUUUAACAAAUCUGCUUUUAUUUUACAAUAUGUUUUUUAGUUUUAUUUAGUUGUAUUCUUUGUACUGAAAUUUAACACUUAUUUUUGUGUUCUUUUUUAUAUUAAUAAUUAUAUUUCUUAUUUACACACUUGUAUUGUGUGCCUGUUAUAAUGUUUUCUCUUAGUAUUACUGUUAUACAAAAUAGUACAGUCUAUAAUUGUACAAAUUUCAAUCGAGAGUGUAUUAUUUUAGGGUUUAUUAUGGACUGAAUUCACUUUUUAUGGCCUUUUUUGUAGCUAUUAAGGAUUAUUAUCUUAAAAAAUGCUAUUAUGUUACGGGUGAAAAAUAUUAUUCAUUUUAAAAAGUAUUAUUUUUUUUUUUUAGUAUUAAACUGUUUCUGCUUGCCUUAAUUAGUGUAAUAAAAUUAUAAUAUGAAAAUGGUUCAUCUCACAUAUUUGCAACAACCACCCCCUGCAAAAACUAAAACUGCAACAAAAUUUUAAAUAUGUUUCAAUGUUAUGUAAAACUAUUGUUUUUUAUGUGAUGGUUUAAAAGUAGUGGAACAAUACAUUUUAUUUUAUUUAUUUUUUUUAUGAAAAACAAGUGAAUUAUCCUGAUUGAACCAUUACCUCUUAGAGGUAGGGAACACCACUGCACUAAAUAUUGAUAGAAUAAUUAUGUAGUAAUGGAUUAAUAAUUAAAUAUUCACACUGUUUUUUGUUUUUUUUUAGGAUUUUUUUUUUGUUUUAGACAUCUUUUGGAUAAUUAAACAUGAAUUAAACAAAUUGACCCUGAAAAAGACAUUGCUGUUUCUGACAAAUAAACAUUUUAGGUAAAACAAAACAACUUUGAGUAUAAUUUUGAGUUAAGUUGAGUUAAAUUGAGUGGGCUGUUACUGUAGUUCUGGUUGUGUCUAUCGUGCACACAGUAAAGUAUUUUUGCAUGUCUUUCCUCUGUUUUUCCAGGUAUUAUUAGAUUGAUGUGGAUCAGUGGAUCAGUGCUGUACAGUGUUGUGAUCCGCUGCAUUAGACACAUCAGAUCUUCUUCUUCUUCUUCCUAAGGAUCAUCUUCUUUUCUCUGCUAUGUCGACGAGCUUCUUGCUGAUGGACUUUGUGAGCUUUAUGGAUUUAAUAAUGGAAUGAUAAUGUCUGUGGGUGUGGCCGUUGUGUAGUAGAGCGGAUUACCCUCAGGACCUUCAGGAUCUGCGGAUACGUUGGGCCGUCAGUAAUCAGAAUGCCGUCGGCUGUGCAGGAUCUGGAGGAAGUCUGCAGUGAACUGCAGGAGCUGACGAUCCGCAGACAGCAGCUCAGCGACCGGCUCAAUCUCUUAUCUAUGCUGAAGGAUUUCCGCAACAAUGCCGGCUUCCGCGAAGAAGGGGGCUCCAGACAUAACGAUGAGUGUGAGCAGAUAGAGGAGGAACUCGGGAGGCUUUCCGAGAGGAAGAGAGAACUGCAGGCACGGAAAGACUCAAUGGAACGCAGUGGAGUUCGGUUUGCAGGUCCUGCUUCUGUUUCUCCACCCUCAGAUGGAUCUGCCGCCCCUGCAGCCAAUGGAAUAUGUUUUGUGGAUAAACCCCCAUCUUUCCCAGCUCCUCAGGUGAUUCUGGAUUUAAGUAAACUGCCCCCCAAACCCUCUCAGACACUGUGCCCCCACUGUCAGCAGUACGUUACUACAGAGAUCUGCGCUGUGGUCGGAAACACCACCUGGAUGGUGUGUAUGAUGUGCACUUUUAUCUGUUGUAUAGCCGGCUGCUGUCUCAUCCCGUUCUGCAUCAGCUCCUUCAAAGACAUCGUGCACAAGUGUCCCAAGUGCCGCAGCCGGAUUCACACCUGCAAGAAGCUGUGAGAGACUGAGAGGAUGAAGAAGAAGAAGAAGACGACAACAUGCUCCUAGAGGAACUGUUAGAGGAACACUAGUGAGCUCUUGAUUUGCAGGCUUCUGAGUGCACUUCACUGCUGCUCACAAGCAUCUGCACACUUCAGAAAGACCUGGAUCUGCUGAGGAGAGAAGCUGCAGGACCUGAUAUGAAGGAUAUCAGAGCCUCAGUGAAGGGAAGCAGAGUCUGGAUUUACUGCUGCUUCCUGGAUUCAGUGGUGAGUUCUGAUAUCAAAAACUGCAUAAUCGUGGAAAAGACAUUUAACGUUCAUUUAAAAGUUGGUUUUAUCAUUUCUGAGAUCUUCUUUUACCUGGAAUACUAGACUUUCAGCCUUUUCCUAGACUUUUAAAGCUGAACUUUGGUGGCAAAACUAUCACUUUUGAAAGCAAUGUAUGCAUCACUUAAACAGCAGCUUAAGGGUUUUAUAUAUAUAUAUAUAUAUAUAUACAUACAUACAGGGUUUGGACAAUGAAACUGAAACACCUGGUUUUAGAGCACAAUAAUUUAUAGUGGUGAUGGACAGUUCUGGUGGAAACAGGAGAGUUGAGGUGCACAUUGAAUUCUGCGUGAUUUGAUCAGCCGUGGUUUUAUGUUUUUUUGGAUACAAUCCGGGUUAGCACCCGAACAUCCCUUUCAGACAGCUUCCUCUUACAGCGUCCACAGUUAAUCCUGUUGGAUGUGGUUGGUCCUUCUUGGUGGUAUGCUGACAUUACCCUGGAUACCGUGGCUCUUGAUGCAUCACAAAGACUUGCUGUCUUGGUCACAGAUGCUCCAGCAAGACGUGCACCAACAAUUUGUCCUCUUUUGAACUCUGGUAUGUCUCCCAUAAUGUUAUAGUGUGCAUUGCAAUAUUUAGAGCAGAACUGUGCUCUUACCCUGCUAAUUGAACCUUCACACUCUUACUGCUCUUACUGGUGCAAUAAUGUGCAAUUAAUGAAGAUUGAACACCAGGCUGCUCCAAUUUAGACAUGAAACCUCCCACACUAAAAUGGCGACACGUGUUUCAGUUUCAUCGUCCAACCCCUGUAUAUUACUGGGGGAGGAGAAUGAAAUCUCUGUAAUUCCCACUCCAGCUCCCUCUUCAACGCUGCUACUGCACUAUGAAACUUUGAUGAAGCUGCACGAGAUCUCUCUCUUUUAAGAAACUGUGUAAAAGCUAUUGCACAUCACCAAAUAACGAAGCGCUGAAGUAAGAGCAACAUAAUGGAUGAUUUUUGUUUUUUUAUAUGCAAGACUUUAAAGUGGGGAGCAAGCUGACAUCAUUUUUAAUGGAGACUAGAACUUUUCCUCAUCCACACUGGAUUUUUUUGAGAGCAAACUUCAGAAGACACCAGUAAGCUGUACAGAUUAAAUAAAAAAAUGAAAUAAAGUAAAUACUACUAAAUAAACAAAUAACACAAAUAAAGUA